AUGUUCGACCAGUCCACUCCCCCCUCAGGGAGGGUGGCCACGCUGGGCAUGCUGAUCAUCGACCAUUUUGCGGUACACGAUGCGGGCGGGCGCGAGGUGCCGGCCGACGAGCCUAUCUUGGGCGGUGGUGGCCUCUACGCCACGGUGGCCGCACGCCAGUUCCUACCUGCCUCAAACGUCGGCUUCAUAGCCGAUGUCGGGCCAGACUUUCCUCCCGCCUUCCGCCAGCAACUGGAGGGCCUCGGUGAGAUGGUAUACUUCCGCUCGCGAGAUGUGACAACGCGCGCCCUCAACAUCUACUCUGGCAGUCGGAUUGGCGAGGGGGCCCAGAGCUUUCGCUACCUCGUCCCAAGGAAGCAGAUUACCCCGCGCGACUACCUUCCCCCAUGCCCGGUUGGAGGGGUGAGCUGGCUGCACGUCGUGUGCGAUACGCAGCGCGCCGUCUCAAUCUUAGAGGAGGCGGAAGCGUUCAAGGUGGAAGGCUGGAAGGGGAAGAUGGCAUGGGAGCCACUUGUGCGGACCAACGCCGAUGUGGCCGAGUACGCAGCACUAGCGGCGCGCUUUGACGUUUUCAGUCCGAACCAUCUGGAACUACAGACGAUCGUUGGCCGGGACGACGGGGUCGAGGCCAACGCCGCUGCCUUCCAGGCGCGCUGUUCCACGCCGAUUGUGGUGCGCGCUGGUGCGGACGGUGCGUUUGCCCUCUCCUCAGACUGGAAGGGCUGGGUCCCCGCAUUCUGGAGGGUUGGGGAGGAGUCUCACAUCGUCGACGUGACGGGCGGCGGCAACGCGUUUGUGGGCGGUCUGCUAGCCGGCCUUCUCCUCACGCGCGACUUGCGCGCAGCGUGCAUCUACGGCACGACAGCGGCGUCUUUUGCCAUCGAGGGGAGGGGAAUCCCUCGACUUUCGACUGAAGGCGGACACGAACUGUGGAAUGGCGUCGACGUGUGGGAGCGGCUCAAAGAGAUGGUGCGGCGGACGGAGCUGCUCGAACAGUCGUCCAGCUGA